AUGUCUUCGUCUCUAUCAUCUGCUGAAAAUGUUGCCGAUUCAGUGAUUGUCGCAACGAUGAGCACACUUGGAACAUUCUCAAAUUUCCUCGCAAGCAUAACUAUACUGUGCAACCCGGUUCGAAAAAAUCCCUUUUGCACAUUAUGUUUAUCCCAUACUAUGGCCAGUCUAGGAGUAUCGCUUGCCUUUUUUUAUGUAACAUCAAUAACGCUUAGGCAAGCGGAACUCUCCACUCCCCUCAUCGAGAAGAUUAUGGGGCAGUUUACUAUGUUUUUUUGGAAUGCAACCGUUCUCUCUCAUUUGGCUAUAUCACUGAACCGCGUAGUAGCGAUUGCUUCACCAUUUAAAGCAAUUCAGUUGUUUACAAGAAAAAGAACGAUGUAUAUGGUACUUUCUAUUUGGUGCCUCGCCUUCUGCCAAACUGUCCCUUUUUUCUGGAGGGCCUCUUGUUACAUAUACUACGACCGCAGCAAGUGGAAGUGGAGGUUUUCUGAUGGUCUAUGCGGCAAGUUUUUCCUUCACUGCGAGAGAAGCAAGAUACUUAUUUUGAUCAUCACACUGAUCUCAGAUGUCGUUGCAUUGGUCAAAUACAUCAAAUACAUCAAGAUUACAUCGGAAAGCACCAUAUUCAUGAAUAAUGAAGCUCAGAAGAAACUUCGUAUAGAGGUCAAAUUCUUCAAACAGGUAUUUAAGUUACAAUAUUUUUCGAACUUCAACUAG